AUGACGCUUACAAGUGACACAGUAGAAGACGUAAAUGUUCCCUCUAGUACGUUUUGGAGCAACACUUUGAAGCCCGAACUUUUCGAUGUCGUGGAAGAGAAAGCACCGGACCCACAGUACAAACCCGACGAGACAAGGAUAACGAUAUCAACAUCGAAGCGGUCCCAGCGUGAUUUCCAGAAGCGCUUUAGUGGACUUAAUAUUGAUUGGAAUCUCGUGGAAAAUAAGCUGCAGUCUUGGAGCAACCAGGGUAACAGUCUCACCGUUGAAAUCUGCUUUAUCUACGAGGGGGCUCGGCUCGAUACCACAAAUAAACUUGCCGCACGAGACAAGCUCAUAGCUCAGCAAGAAGCCUCCGGCGUGCGCCCUGUUUGGAAGGACGUCUACGAAGUCUUCGAGUGCUCCAGUGCCGUUUGCCCGAACUGGGGAUUCUCCUGCUGGCGGGACUUAUGUGACAAGAAGCAUAUCAAAUUAGAUUCUGAUACCAUGGAGAAGCUCGUUGAUUUUGCAGAGGAAGGCAAUAAGCUUGAGAUGCAUGACGACGAUAGAGGGAGUGCGGACUCGGCUGGAUCGGCUGGAAACCCACAGAAAGCUGUUUGUCGGGCUGGCCCAGCUGGGCUGAAGUUCCCAAUGCCCAUGGAUGAGGCUCUAAAAUUGUACUCUGAUUGGCUUUGUAGUCAGAUUACCGUUGAUAAGGGCUAUCAUCUUGGACGGAUGUAUGAAGCGCAGGCUGUGGACGCUAAGAUGCUAGUUACAUGUGGAGUAUUGCUGGGCAUUGCUCUCCAAUUUUUGGGAGCGAAAUAG